UGUUUUUUUUAAUAAGAACUUGAUGGUGGAGUACAACAGCACAAGAGGCAACUGGACGGGAUUCACAGCGUAUUCAAUUGAAGCAGUAAAAGGGUUUAACAGUGAUCCCUUUGAUGCACUAUCAAGAAUGCUUGAAAGGAAACUGUUGUGUACGGACAGGUUAGAUGCCAUCCAAUCCGUAGAUUAUCUGACAACUAUACCCACUGUCAAACUAAAAUCAGUGAAAAGGCCUAAUGGCGAGCACACAUCCACACUUGUGUGCAGUGCCUACAACUUUUAUCCAAAACAAAUCAGAAUGAUGUGGAUGAGGAACGGCCAGGAGGUGACCACAGAUGUCAGUUACUCUGACGUGAUGCCUAAUGGUGACUGGUACUACCAGACUCAUUCCUACCUGGAGUACAUCCCAACUUCAGGAGAAAAAAUUGCCUGCAUGGUCGAACACCUUGGUCUCUCCGAGCCGAUGUUUGUGGUCUGGGAUCCCUCCCUCCCAGUGGCGCAACGAACUCAGAUAGCUGUUGGACUGUGUGGACUCGUGAUUGGAUUUGUUAUUGCAAUAUGUGGAUUCAUCUACUACAAUAAGAAGUCUGCUGCAUACAUCACUGUGUGUCAAAGGGAAGUGUUCAUUUCUGUGGAAUCCCUUCCUGAAGCUGGAGCAACUUAACAGCCUGAGCAAACACUUUUAAUACAGGCACGCUCCAUCCAAGGUGCCCCAAAUAUCACAGCUCUCUGAGUAACGAUGUCUGUUGUGGGUGAUUGGGGCUUUGCAUCUUGUACCUACGGGACAGAGGAUACAUUUGUAAUGUAGUUAAUACUCUUAUACAGUAUAGUAACAUAGUUUUAUAGAAAAAUGAAUACAUUUACAGCUGCAUUGU